AAUAAAGAAGAAGAAAAAAAAAACGGAAAUUGAAUUUGUGCCGCUGAUUUUCUGUGAGUGCCUUGGUGUAUAUGCCGUUGUGUAGUGAAUAAGGCACUCUGAUCCCCCGUAAACGUUUGAAAUUUUCCAAUCUCACUAAAUGAGUUUAUGCCAACACACUACCAUGAGGAAACUGUCAUGGCAAUAAUCUAACACAAUUUGGAAUGGAAAAUUAAACAUUAAUCAACAAAUUUGCAUUCAAAUCGAACAGUUCCAUAAAACGUACAAAACUAAGAAAGCACAUGCUCAGCAAUGAAUUCACCCGCAACUGUUACCAAGGCAAAAGGUUUUGUCUGUCUCACCUCAUUAUCGUUGUUGGAAAUUACUUUAGUUACGACCACCACCACACUAUUGCUAUUACUGGCGCAGUCAGUACCGGCGGCAGAAGCCACAAGCGGCUUACGUGUGCCCACCUUUUUGCAGGAGCCCCCCUCACGUUUGCUCUUUGGCAAUGACACUGGCAGCCAGGCUAGCUGCACGGCUCAUGGAAAUCCGCCACCAAUUGUAUCCUGGGUUCUCAGUGAUGGCACAAUGGCCACACAAGUGCCAGGACUUAGUUUACGUUUUCUGGCCAAAUACUCGUUGAUGAUACAAAAUGUAGGACGCCGAGAUCGUGGAGUCUAUCAAUGUUUGGUGCAAAAUCAAAAAUCCAGUGCUCAAGCCAUGGCCGAAUUGAAAUUGGGUGAUACUGUUCCUGAGUUGAUUUAUACGUUCAUCGAACAGAAUGUUCGCCCAGGUCCAUUAAUAUCGCUUAAGUGUUCAGCUAGCGGUUCACCGCCACCACAAUUCUCCUGGCUGUUGGACUCACAGCCUAUUAUGGAUAUUUCUCUGCAUCAUCGCUUUGCAAUUGGGCAAUUUGUCGAUAUGUCAGGCGAUGUGAUAAGUCAUUUGAAUAUCUCCCAUGUACGGCCGGAUGAUGGUGGACUUUAUAAAUGCAUAGCAGCCAAUACCAUGGGUAGUGUGGAGCAUUCGGCACGUCUUAAUGUCUAUGGACCACCAUAUGUGCGAGCCAUUGGACCGAUCAAAGCUGUCGCCGGUGAAGAUGUAACAGUGCAUUGUCCAUUUUCCGGUUAUCCAAUAGAACAAAUUAGAUGGGAGCAAGGACAUCAUGAACUGACAACAAAUUCCCAUUACUCUUUAGCACCCGUACAACAGGGAGGCUAUCUUGUCAUCAAGAAUGUUGAACCAACUCGGGACCAGGGCAUCUAUACCUGCAUUGUUAAAGUUCGCAUGGGUGAGGAGGCACGUCGGGAUAUACAACUGAAUGUCAAUAGCCCUCCGGUAAUCGAGGCAUUUAAGUUUCCCAAAAAUCUGCAGGAGGGAGGCAGGGCACAAAUCACAUGUGCUGUAUCCUCCGGAGACAUGCCCAUAUACUUUAGUUGGAAAAAGGAUGAUAUGUCUAUACCAUCAAGUUUACAGAUCACGGAGAAAAAGGAAGAAUUCUAUUCCCUGCUCGUCUUUAAGGACAUCAGUGCUAAGCAUAGCGGCAAAUACACGUGCUAUGCCACCAAUGCAGCAGCUAAGGUUAACUAUACGGCCGAGCUACAAGUCAGAGGUAAAUUGAAUACAGAUUUCAAACCUUUGGAUAUGCGAAACCAUUCGCUGGUACUUAACCUGGCGACCGACAUUGAUGAGGGUUACUAUAUGUGUCAAGCGGCCAAUGAUAUUGGUGCGGGCCUCAAGAAAAUUAUUCGCAUCAAUGUCAACGAGCCAGCACGUUUCGAGCAAACAUCACGCAACGUAUCGUCGCGACGUAAUGAUGCUGUCACACUGGACUGUCAUGCCAAAGGUGAUGAACCCAUUAGUGUCGCUUGGACGCACAACAAUGCACGCAUUGAUUUGAACAAUUUCCGCUUUAGCAUAGCGGAAAUGAAAACCGAAAAAGGCGUAGACUCUCAGUUGACCAUCUCACGUUCGGAUCGUCACGAUUCGGGCAUUUACAAGUGUGUAGCCGAAAAUCCCUAUGGUCGUGCCGAACAAGUCAUCUAUCUUGCGGUGCAAGAACGUCCCGACACCCCAUCUAAUCUGGAGGUCUUUGAGGUGGGCUCACGAACUGUUAAACUCUCUUGGCGUCGCCCUUUCGAUGGCAAUUCACCGGUGCUCUCCUAUCUGGUGCAAUAUCAGUCGUUGAAGUAUCUGCAAUCGCAUGCUGCAUUGGGCAUGGCUGGCAGUGAUUGGAAUGGCCCGAAUAUUAUCAAUGUUACAUUACCAUCGACCAGCAUUAGUAAGAGCUAUGACAGCGACCUACGUGAAAGUGCCAUUGUAUCGGGUCUGACACCGGCCACUACUUUUCUCAUACGGAUGCAGGCAAUCAAUGAAAUCGAACGCAGUCCCUUCACCGAGCCAAUUGUGUUGAAGACCCAGGAGGAGGCACCCACAGAAGCCCCAUCAAAUGUGCAGGUGCAGACAGGAGGUGAAAGUGAAUUGAUUGUCACUUGGCAGAUACCGCCUCGAGAGUCCUGGAAUGGCGAACUCAUUGGCUAUACGGUAAACUGCAGCGAGGAGAAGCAGAACAUCAACUACAUUAGCGUUGUCAAUAACUCACUGAAGUCGGUGAUUGUGAGUGGCUGGGCCACAACGAAGGCCACAUUACGUGGCUUGCGAAAAUAUACGCGGUAUGCGGUAACGGUGCGCGCCUUAAAUAGUUUCGGUUCGGGGCCAUGGAGUACGCCCAUCUUUGGAACCACUUCGGAGGGAGUGCCGGAAGCAGCCCCCCAACAUGUCAACUGUACUGCAUUAUCGUCACAAAGUCUGAAAAUAUCGUGGCUGGAGCCACCACUGCAAUUUCACGGUGGCAUAAUUCAGGGCUAUAAAAUUUUAUAUCGGCCGAUUGUGAACCAAAUUGAUUUUCCAGCCAAACUAGAAAUAAAACGUACAUCGAAUUUGGAAACCUAUCUGCACACACUACACAAGGCCACCAAUUACUCGUUGCGGGUGCUGGCUUAUACGGCCACCGGUGAUGGCGUAGCCAGUCAGCCAUUAUAUUGCCAAACGGAGGACGAUGUACCAGAUGCACCGGCUGCCAUCAAAGCAGCUGCUCUAACGGCAGAUUCCAUUUUGAUUUCAUGGCUGCCACCGAGAAAUCGCAAUGGCAUAAUAACCCAUUAUACAGUCUAUUCAAGAGAAGCCGGACGUAAAGGACAAGCGAAAUCUCACAUGGUGCGUGUCGAUGAGUCUGGCUAUCCGGUUACCCACGAAGCACGCAGUUUGGCUGAGAAUCAAAUGUAUGAAUUUUGGGUAUCCGCUUCAACAUCUGUUGGUGAGGGUGAGCCCACCUCUGUGGUGGCCCAAGCCACAAACACACGUGCUCCAGCAAGGAUUGCUUCCUUUGGCCAAUUGGUGCGCAAGGCUGUGGGAACUAGUCUAAUACUUGAAUGUCUCGCUGUAGGAAAUCCCACACCAAGAGCCCGUUGGCUAACACGGGAUCGCCCGGUCACCUUUAGUCCUUUCUACGAAGUGACAAAUGAGGGAAACUUGAAAAUACACCGAGUCGAGGGCAGCUUGUCCGGAAAUUACACAUGUACAGCAAACAAUCUUUUUGGCAGUGAUGAAAUACAAUACCAAGUGAUUGCCAUGAAGCCACCAGCCUCACCGCAAAUCAUUGUCCAGUAUGCCUCGGCGGAUAGCAUACGUGUAAGCUGGGAUCCACCCGAUGAUGGUGGUGCUCCUCUGCAGGGCUAUGCCAUAUCGUAUCGCAUUAUGGGUGAGACAUGGUCCCAAACGGAAUUGAUGCCCGAGAAUAAUGCCUACACCAUAACAGGAUUGAAAUGUGGCAAUCAGUACAUCAUCAAAAUGUCCGCUCACAACAUUGUGGGCGAUGGUUCGGCAAGUGAGGAAAUUAAUGUUUGGACCAAGGGCAAAGCAUCCCAGGCUCCCAUUGGCAACGAUCUAAUUGCAACGAACGCAUCGUGUGUUAAUUUGAAAUUGUCAGCAUGGAAUAAUGGCGGUUGCCCAAUUCAUCAUUUUUCCAUUGAACAUCGUCCUCUGGGUGACAUCCGUUGGACCGUUGUGACGUCAGACAUUUCAAAUGCCGAAGAAAAUCGUGAAAAUUUAAUAUUUUGUGAAUUCCAACCAGCCAAAUGGUAUCAACUGCGCAUAUCCGCUACCAAUGAUGCUGGCAAAACUAUGGAACACUACCAUUUUGCCACAACAAAUAUUGAUGGAGUGACCAUACCACCACCGCCGGUCUUUCCCUCCGAGAAUGACUUGAUGAAUAAUCUGAUCUAUGGAACAAAUCCCACCAAUGAUGAUUGGUUGCCGACAUUUAUUGUCAUUGUGAUAAUAUCGGUGGCCAUAAUAACGAUAGCUUUAAUGAUAAAACAUCGUCGCACUUUGUGUGGCCCCCUGGCGGAAGGCUAUGAGUCGCGCGCCUUACCUGGUGACUACAAAGAGGACCAUGACAAUCGCCGCAAUCAGCAGGUGUAUAGUGCUUCACCCGUUAAAACAGUGGACAAAGGCAACGAAUCAGAAAUGUACGAGAUCUCACCAUAUGCCACAUUUAGUGUGAAUGGUGGCCGCACCGGAGCACCAGCCAAAACCCCAACCAGAGGUGUGGCAGCCUCUCCCAUGGACUAUACAAUGCAAUUCAAAACAUUUGGCCAUCCCGAAGGAGAGAAUCUAAAUGCCACAGCAUAUCCUUUGUUGCCAUCCUCCGGAUUUGGACACGUUAAAUCGAAAUCAUCGUGGCACAAACAACGCUACUACAACACCGAUGAUGAAUCUACGCUCAGCAAGUCAAUGACCAUGGCCAUUGGUUCUCAGACCAGUGGGCAUACGAAGAAAUCGUCGCGUGGCGAUGGCGGUGGACGUGGUGGUGGCAAUAAAAGCAACAGCAGCAGCAGUGGCAUAGGUGGUGGCGGCAGCAGUGGUGGUGGUGGUGGUGGAGGAGGAGGCGCCAAUGGUGGUCACACCAAUGGCAGUGGCCAUUGUGAGUCCGAAUCGGACACCAGUAUUAGUCCAAGUACUGAAUUUUCAAAUAUGCCUACUUAUAGAGUUCCUUGUAAGUCACGCAACAGUGAUGGUCGUAGUGGAGUAGAUAUGUUUCGACCAGAUUCAUCUACAGAAUCCAAUAACGACCAAUCGUCGCCCAUCGACCGGCGCAUGAAUGGCCAGAGAUAUGGCAAAGACAUGUCAUCGUCAAGUGACAACAACAAACGAAGUGCAGGUGGUGCCGGUGCUGGACAUCGCAAUCGCAAACAUCAUCAUCAACAGCAGCAGAUUAAUGCAAAGGAUUCGCUCGAUAGACGCUUAUGCCCAGGCAGUAACAACAGUUUAGACAGUGAGCUUAACACUUCGGAAACAUCCGCCUCAAUAGCGGCCACCAUUGCCGCCAUGACGGGGGCGAAUAAUAUGGGUUUUCGACCACCUUCCGGUUUUAUUGAUUCACGUGAAUUCAGCGAAGCCGAAUGUGAUCACGAGCAACGAGCCUUGGACUUGGAAGUGCAACGUGUUAUGGAAAAUAAAGAUGGUCAGUUGAGUAAAGUGGAUCGGGAGGAAUUAACCUCACUGUUGGCAAGAUAUCAUGAAAAGAAGGAACAGGAGCGGCAAGAGUUUACCAUACAUGUCUAGGAUACGGUAAGAGGUGGCAGCCCCACCAAAUAACCCACAGUUAAAUAGUUAAGUUCUAUUACCUAAGUUAUGGUUGACUUAUAGAAGUUGGACUAUGUUAGAAAUUGAAUAGGUGAAAGACUUUGUAAAAGAUGGAAUAAGGUUUUCAAUUUUCGUUGUGGAUGAAUGAAAACCCGUUAAGCUGUGAAAAGGAUAAUUUGAGUUAUAAUGAAAAUCUCACCUAAAAUGUUUUUACUUUUUAAGAUGAUACUAUUCAAAUAUUAAGAUUUAAAUUUGAAUAUAGAUGAACAUAUUAAAAAAAACUAAUGCCAACUUUGAACUAAACACAAGAAGACUUGAAGACUUUUUCAAUAAAACAUUUUUAGAGUUAUUUUAUAGGAACUAAUGGGAAUUUACGCUAUUGUUUCACAAAAAUUUAUAUUAUUUAUAAAAAUGACUUUUCUAUUAAAUAUUUUGGCCACACAAGACACAUUUAAUAAUAACAUAACGGCCUUAUUCACAAAACUUUAUAGAGCUCUCAAAUUUUAAGGCUUCAUAAAGUUUUGUGAAUAAGGCCGUAAUUAUUAUGAAAUCUAAGAUAAUUUGUAAAAAAUAUACAAUAACUUUGAAAAAGGCAUUUAUAGUAAAACCAACAAAACAACUAUUGUAAAAAAAUUAAAUUUUUUUAAUUUUCCCUUAAUUGCAAGCAUUUCAACGGGAAGUUUCAGUGCAUAUUAAAAAAGUGAUCUUAAAAUAUUUAAGAAAUGUUUUAAUUUAUUAAAAUUUAACUUAGUUUUAUUAAAUUUUUUAAUUAAAAAUUGAUUUUGAGAGAUAUACUUUCGAAAUAUUAUCUUAAUUAUAAAAUUUUUCUGAAAUUUCAUGAUUGUUAACCUAAAAUGGGUUUAGACAUUAAUAGGAUGAGCAACCUCAUAAAUAAAGUGAAAUGUGCACAGAGACUAAACUAAAUUAAUUAAUUCGCAUUUAUUUUAAACAACAAUGCCAUGCAUUUAAAUUAUGUAUUUAUUUUUGAAAUUUUGCAAUUAGAAGAUUAAACUUGUAUUUGUAUAUCAUGUUUAGAAAAUAAGUCAACCCCAUUUCCCAUACACUCAUAAGUACAUAGCAUAAAUAUAUUAAUAGGAAAAUUCAUGCAAGCCACAAACACCUGCAGAGAGAUAAUCGUACAUGCACAUACACUUGCAUAGGUUAUUGGGUUUUAUUCAUUAAAGGAGAAGAAGGUCGUAUAAAAACUUCAAAUAAACUAAACUAAAAAAAAAAAA